AUGGCGGAUUCUCUUCUCUCCUCCAUCGCCACUUUUCACACAACCAAGAUAAUCGUCACAGAUCCCACCAAGUACUCCUUCACUGGAUCCGUUCCUGAAACAAUGAUCGCUUGUGUCUCUGCAGCGAGUAACAUUCUGCAACAGUAUAGAAAGAUUCCAUCUUCGGGUCCAAGGAAGCUUACGCCAACCAUGCGAAAGUCUGACAAGGCUGCUCCAUCCCAAUCUCAAUCGAAGAAGCAGAAGAAGCCUGCAAGGAAGCUUAUACUCCAAUCGUCUAGGGAUUUAGACUCAGAGUAUGUUCCUCCCAAACAUAAGUCUGCUCCUCCUUCUGAAUCCGAGAGUGAAAGCUCUGAUGAUGAGGCUUCGGGCCGAGGUGAUACUCCGCCUCGCUCCCCUAGCCCAGAAAUUCCCGUUCGCUCCCAGCCUCCUUAUCCUCCACUUGUUACCAUCCCAGUAUCCAUCCCUCCAAUAUUUCCUAUCCCAACCACUCAACCAUCCACCACUAUUCUCAUCCCUACUCCUAUAUUCACAAACACUACAACCAACACUACUACCACGGGGGCUCAUUCUACAGCGCCCACUCCACCCGUUACAACCGAACCUCCAACCACUACCAAACCCUUAUCUCCUACUCCAUCUACAGAAACCACCCCAGUUCUAGGCGGUGAGGACUUAGAAUUUGAUUCGACUUAUUUUAGUCCUUACCGUGUACAGAGUGAUGAAGAUGAUGAUGAGCCUGUUGCCAAGCAUCAUCUUAAAGCAGUAAACGACAAACUCGAUCAACUGCUCUCCUCCUCUUCCUUUGGGGCUUACUCUGAAGCUGCUUUAAAGGCUUUGUUCUCAUCUGCCGUUCAAGAACAUAGUGCCUCACUAUCUGCUGCAGUUAAGGCUAUUGAAGCCUCCACUUCUCAAUGUCAGCAAGCCUCCCUCGCUGUUGAGGCUUCCACCAAGGAGUGUAAGGAAGCGACUGCAAAAGUCGAUAAACUAGUUUCUGAGGCUCACUUAUUUCUAGAUUCUUUGCAGGCGGCUGCCAAGAAGAAUGCUCAAACUGUCAAUGCUUCGGUGGAUAACCUUCAACGUUCUCUUCAAUCUGAAAGGUCCAACCUUGAAGCUGCACGCUAA